UGGAGGAGUGGCUAGCUAGUUGCUAGUGAGUCGCGUGUGCUAUUUUUUUACGUGAGUAAUAUGUAUGUUGUCCAGUAUUUAAAGGACUACAUAGUAGACGUUGUGUAUGAACGCCAUACAAUGUUGAAUGGGUUUUCUAUCAGUCGGUUGGACUUUGCAAAUCUACUCUGUUUUUCCAGUUAGCUAACGUUAGCUAGCGUAACUUCCGAUUUUUGCUUUCGCGGUGCCAGGCUGCCUGCAUUAUGUCACUGCUUAGCCUUGUGGAUGAAGCCAUCAAGUUGUGUAAAGUAGAGGAGACCAAGAUAAACGAGAACAUCCUUCAAUACAGGGAGAUACUGCGCUCUUUGAGACCACAGCAAGAAGACGGCAAGGAAAUAGAACUAACAGAUGAUGUUGAAAAGGACCCAGAUGUCCAACUGGAGGAGAGACGGGAGAUGGAACUGCUGAAUCGAUUGCUGGAGAAGGCCCUCAGAGUUCGCGCUGGCACAGCACCCCAAAAAGACCCUCAGAACUGUCCAGGACCAAAGAAAGAACCAGUGGACACUACACAGGGCAAGGGAAGGGCUCUGACCCCAGGUGGCACCAAAGGGAAUAAAAAUGGCAUUAAAACUACCUCCAAACCCAUCACGAUGGACAAAAAAGAGUCCAAAAAGUAUUCUGCCUCCCAUCUCUACAGGGGUGGAAGGGGGAGGAUGGGUCACCCUGUAGGUCAUUCAGGACAAGGCAGGGCAAGCAUGAUCAGAAGCUCUGUCCAGAUGCAGAAACGAUCUGUCGUGUCAUCAAAGGGGUUUCCUCCCCAGUCCUCUGGGAAGGAAGUGAAGCAGGCUGGUCCUCCAGGUCCUGUGUCACAUGAUCAGGGUCAAUCACCACAGGCCUCAUCAGCACAUCAUCAGGUUGAGGUGUCCCACAGGUCAGCUGCAGCCACUUCCUUCCAGCCCCCUAACUGGGACACGGUGUCUGUUUCACACAUGGAGGGGAUGCCAAAAGCACAUGUAAUUUCACCUCCACAGAAUGGGGCUCCCACACCGUUGUUAACUAAAUGGAUCAGUCUAAGGACCAAACAAAGCAGGUUAUGGGACAAAGUCCUGGCUCUACAAUCCAAACCUGUGGCGGAGAGGAGUCACUUCACAGAGAGAGUGAAAGCCACUUUCUCCAGAGAGUGGCCAACCAGUGGCAGCCCGGCCGACACCGGGGCUCAGGUGGACAGACUGACACAGCUCUGCACGGAUCUGAGUCAUUGCUACCAGAGCGAGCGGCUGCUGACUGGCCAGACCUUCAGAACCUCUGGCACUGAGCCAGGUACCAGCCCAACCAGAGGAGAUGCAGAAGGGGGGAUGGAAGGAGGGAUAACAACAUGCCAGAAGAGGGAAUAUGAGUCCUUGCUGAUGCUGGAAGGACUGGAGAAGAUGGUGGCAGACCUCCGGAAACAUGCUGGACAGCUGAGAAAAGAGCGGGAGGCAUGGGAUCGAUGGAGGAGGCUGAAGGGGGAAGGAGCGGGCGCGUUCUGCCCCGUCAGGAGUAAGGGUGAGUGGGGUGACCUGAGUGGGGUGACCCCCUUGCCCCCCACCCUGACCUACACCAGCCAGGCAGAGCUCCAGGAGGUGGAGAGGCUGAGGUUGCGAGUGGAGCUGCUACAGCAGGAGGUGCACCUGCAUCAGGCUCUCUCUGACACCAUGGUCAUGCCCUCCGCUCCUGGACUUCCCAACCCCGCCGCGCUCCGUGACAUUUACUCCCUGCUUGGAGAGGGAGGGGUGAUGUUUCCUACUCUGGUUCUGGACACAGAACCUGACUAAAGGAGCAGGUCAAAUGAACUGAACAGGCCAAAUCACCUGGGUCAUGUUUAUUAGGGCACACAAUGCAGCAGGAAACAAAUGAACUGAACAGGCCACAUCACCUGGGUCAUGUUUAUUAGGGCACACAAUGCAGCAGAAAGCAAAUGAACUGAACAGGCCAAAUCACCUGGGUCAUGUUUAUUAGGGCACACAAUGCAGCAGAAAGCAAAUGAACUGAACAGGCCACAUCACCUGGGUCAUGUUUAUUAGGGCACACAAUGCAGCAGGAAACAAAUGAACUGAACAGGCCACAUCACCUGGGUCAUGUUUAUUAGGGCACACAAUGCAGCAGGAAACAAAUGAACUGAACAGGCCACAUCACCUGGGUCAUGUUUAUUAGGGCACACAAUGCAGCAGAAAGCAAAUGAACUGAACAGGCCAAAUCACCUGGGUCAUGUUUAUUAGGGCACACAAUGCAGCAGAAAGCAAAUGAACUGAACAGGCCACAUCACCUGGGUCAUGUUUAUUAGGGCACACAAUGCAGCAGGAAAGAAAUGAACUGAACAGGCCAAAUCACCUGGGUCAUGUUUAUUAGGGCACACAAUGCAGCAGGAAACAAAUGAACUGAACAGGCCAAAUCACCUGGGUCAUGUUUAUUAGGGCACACAAUGCAGCAGGAAACAAAUGAACGUUUCUAAUUGGACAAGUCCAGGUAGCCUCUCCCUGUUUCAUUCGGUGUUCUUCCAUUUGGUGCCUAAUGAACACGACCAAGAAAGACUAUUGAAGAAUAGACCAAUGAAUGGUAUGUCUUAGGAGGGGACACUGAGAACAGAGGAAGAAGAAUGGAGAAUCUUCUGAAAAGAGGCAUUUUUUGGUGUUGGGAAUGUCAAUCUGUGUAUUUAUUUGGAGAGAUUGAGCAUUUUGGUUUUACAUUGUUCCUUUUGAAAAAUAUUGUAAGACUCCUAUAAUUAGAUUCAAUUAUUAAAAUUGAUGGAUAUUGAAAAAGUUA